UAUUUAUUUUCUGCAGGUGAUUCCUUUACACAGUUCCAAUUUGCUGAUGAGAAAGAAUGGGAUAGAGAAAGCAUAUGCCAUAAGCAGUUAUCUGCAUUUUCUGUUGACUGCCAGUCUUUGGUCCAGGCACUUCAGGAGCUGCCUCUACAUCUAAGGCUGAAUAUAGCUGCUGAACUUGUGCAGGAGUCAACACCUGCAGAGCUCCCACAGAUGAAAUCUAAGAUGACUGAAGACAGCAAGAGAAGAGGGCUUCUAUUCCAACAGUCUCUGGCUCAAAGCAAAACAGGGUUGGCCUGCCUUACCACUGAGGGUUCUGUUGCUCCAUCAGGCCUUGGAAGCAAAAAUGGUCCUAGGGCAGGUGCAGCGGAACCAUUUCAGAGAGCCCAUCCACUAUCAACGCAAGAGACUGACCAUUUGGAGGAAGAACUCGAUCUUCUCCUAAAUCUAGAUGCUCCCAUUGAUACAGAAAAUAGACCUGACUCAGUGGCAUUAUCCUCCAACACAUCAACUGAAAAAGAUUUAAAAAUGGCGUGUGAGGAAACUGAUAUGCCUGAAGAGAAGAGUACAGCAUCAGAGCAGCAGCCAAGUACAUCUAAAACUGUUACUGAGGAAGAGCUUGAAGACUGGCUGGACAGCAUGAUUUCCUGA